GUGGUUGUUCAGCAUAUACACUUUGAAGGACUUGGAAGAACUAAAGAUGAUAUUAUCAUGUAUGAAAUCGGUGACGUUUUCAAAGCUAAAAACCUGAUUGAUGUGAUGAGGAAAUCACAUGAAGCUCGUGAAAAGCUCCUCCGUCUAGGAAUAUUCAGACAAGUCGAUGUACUGAUCGAUACAUGUCAAGGUGACAAUGCUCUUCCAAAUGGGUUAGACGUCACCUUUGAUGUAACAGAACUGAGAAGACUAACUGGAAGUUACAACACCAUGGUUGGCAACAACGAAGGAAGCAUGGUCCUUGGACUCAAACUGCCUAAUAUUUUGGGGCGUGCCGAGAAGGUGACAUUCCAGUUCUCCUAUGGCACCAAGGAAACGUCAUACGGUCUCUCCGUCUUCAAACCACAGCCUGGUCACUUUGAAAGAAACAUUUCUCUCAAUGUGUACAAAGUAACUGGACAAUUUCCUUGGAGUUCCCUACGUGAAACCGACAGAGGAAUAUCAACCGAAGUCAAUUUCCCUAUCUGGAAAACCAACCACACCCUGAAAUGGGAAACCGUCUGGAGAGAACUGGGCUGCCUUGCGAGAACGGCCUCGUUUUCUGUCCGAGAAGAAAGUGGACACUCCCUCAAGUCUUCCGUAUCUCAUGCCAUGGUAAUUGAUUCUCGAAACUCUUCAAUCUUGCCUAAACGAGGAGCUUUGCUGAAGAUAAAUCAGAUUUUAUCUUGGUGGCCCCACAAGUGUACGUGGAUUCAGCAUGUACAGUAUUGGACCUCAAAGCGAAGGUGAUUACCUUGGAGGAGAGGCUUACUGGGCUGGGGGUCUGCAUCUCUACACCCCUCUUCCUUUUCGGCCAGGUCAAGGCGGUUUUGGAGAUCUCUUUCGGACGCACUUCUUCCUCAAUGCUGGCAACCUCUGCAACCUUAAUUAUGGGGAAGGACCAAGGGCUCACCUUCAAAAACUGGCCGAGUGCAUCCGGUGGUCUUACGGGGCUGGCAUAGUCCUGAGGCUCGGCAACAUUGCACGACUAGAACUCAACUAUUGCAUCCCGAUGGGAGUACAAAGUGGAGAUAGAAUAUGUGAUGGAGUUCAGUUUGGAGCGGGAAUAAGAUUCCUGUAAUAUCGGUGGCCUUUGGCGGUGUUGGUCCAAAAAGAGUGGCUAAAUUCAAGUGUCACGGUGUGAUAUGCCCAAAUAUAUUUUUAUUGAAGUAUAAUUAUGUGUGAAGGAUUAACUUCAAUUAAAAACUGGAAAAAAAAACCA